AAGGACCAAACCCUCUAUCCUCGACAGUCGCUCAAGUCUUUCGCUCCCAAAGCUUCACCAUAAAGCAAGUCAUCAAACUCCUUCAUUAGGAUUGUCGAUAUAUCUCAACAUGCUUUACACUAGCCUCGUCGCCUUUGUGGCCUAUCUUACCGUUGUCGCUGCCUCGCCUGCUUAUACACCACCUCCACCUCCAGCGUAUACCACAUGCGCCACCAAAUUCUACGUGACCAGCAAGGUCGAGACUUCAAAGACCGUAAUCGAAUCCACUAAGACAGUUUAUGUCCCGGUCACCACCACUGGCUACGUAACAAAGACUUCAGUUGUCGAUAAGCCUCACACCACUGUCGACUACACCACGAACCUCUACACAAAGACUAAGGCCGAACCCUACACCAAAACAAUUACAAUCACCACUACAUCCGUUGGUACCAAAUACGACACGUACGUCGAGACCGUGACCAAGCCUCACACUACCGUCAAGACUGAGCACUCCACGAUUGUCACCAAGGUGCCCACUGUGAUCGUUAGCACGUCCAAGACCACUUCUCUCUACCCGACCACAUCUUACGUGACUGUUACCAAGCCAUAUACCAGCUCGAAGGUCGAUUGCACGACCAAGGGUGGGUAUUACAAGGAAUAGGCCUGACCAAUGGUGAUGAUGGCCUGCUAGCCUUACUGCCAUAAGGUCAUGUGGUGGAGGUUAAGGGGAGGAAUAUGAAGACUUGGGCUCGACAGACACACUCCUUGUACGGUUUCCUUUGCCUGCCACCGGGGACGCUCGGUGCUUCUUGGCUUAUAGGAAUUUAAAAUGCUAUCAUGACUGCACAAAACGAGCACACGCUU